AUGACCGCCAAGAGCAGCAGCAGGGGUGGAGUGGAGUCAGCUAGCACUCAGUGGCCCCUACUGGUGGAACAACUCUCUUGGAAAAUCAGGCAGUCUAGAAUUUCUUGGGAUACGUUUAAUGCUGCACAGUCCAGAAUAGACCGGAUGGCCAAGGAAGAUGGCAUUAUGCCUGAGCAGGCAUUUACCAACAAACCAACGCCUGCAGGUAACCACUCCAUGGGGCCUUUGAGAACAUCUAAAAAGAGAAACAUUCCUGUAAAUACCCCAGACAGAAGUCCAUCUCAGGAGACACAUAUCCCACAUAAAGAAUGCUCUUCAGAUAAUGAUACAGAUUGUCUAUCAGCUGAUGUUGAGAUGGAAGUGGCUGAGAAUGAGCCCACCAGCUUACCAUGCCCACCAUGUUACCUUAGAUAUGGCUCUAUGGUGUCUCUAUACCAGGGAUGCAGAUCUACCCAGAAAGCUGCCCUCUCAGCCAUAUAUAUAACUGAAAACAUUGUGAUGGAAGAGGAGGGACAAGAGGAAGAGAAGAUGGAGGAAGAGGAGGAAGCGGAGGAGGAGGAGAAAACAGAGGAGGGGGAGGUAGAGGAAGAGGAGGAAGAGGAGGAAGAGAAGAUGGAGGAA